GUUGUUAUUACAGAAAGUGUGAACAUGGACGACGGUAUCAUAGCGACUACGUCCAAAACUGUUUAUAAUUUCAUCUACGACUUCGUGAACAACAAUUACGACUCGGAAAUAGACGUAAGGAACACCACCUUUUUGCCGUGGUCUGUGGAAAUAGAAGAAGAUUCACUUCUCCACAAUGCCAGGCUAUUUUACUCGUACUGUACCCCGUUCAUUAUCGUUUUGGGAUUAUUCGGAAACAUUCUCUCCUUGUGCGUGUUCCUGUCGAAGAACUUGCGGAGCCUUUCGGCUAGUACGUAUCUGGCCGCUUUGUCUAUUGCAGACCUCCUAACCCUAGUGUUCUACGUCACAGUAGAAUGGCUCAGGCGAGGACUAGUGUACCUGGAUCCCAACAUGAAGAGCAGGAUUCGAUUCUUUGACGAAGAAGUUGUGUGUCAGUUCCAGCUGUAUAUGUCGUAUGUGUCGCGGCUUUCAUCUGCGUGGAUUGUCGUCGCCUUCACUAUGGAGCGCUACAUUGGCGUUUGUUGGCCAUUAUUAAGAAAGGACAUCUGCACCAAACGCGGGACAAAACGGGUUAUUGGCUGGUUAAUCGCAUCCUCAUCAGUUGUUGUGCUGUAUAAACCAAUCCUGAGCGCAAUCUACGUCAGUGCGGAGGGAAACCACUACUGCACAACUGACAAAGAUUACGGCUUCCUGGCCUUCAUUCUGGACAGUAUAUACGCCAUUUUGAUCACAAUGGUUCCGUUCUUGAUCAUAUCCGUCCUCAACAUCCUCAUUGUACGUAAGCUUCUGAGACGAAACAAGCGGCAGCAGAACCAUAGCAUCGUCACAAAGGAGAGUCUCAUUCGAUUGGAAUUCACCAUCAUUUUAUUGGUAGUGUCGUUCUGCUUUGUCGCCUUUAACGUACCAUUUUUUGCGGUGUGGCUGCGGAACUUUCUACACUCCAAACAUGUCUCUAGUGUUGAUGUCUUAACCAUGUACGAGAACCCGGAUGUAGAGUAUUGGCAGGGAAUUUUAUACAUAACAAGGACCAUUUUCUACAUGAAUUAUUUCGUCAAUUUUUUCUUGUACAUCAUCGCGGGUGCUUACUUUCGGCGGGAAGUCAGGAUGUUGUUUUCCCGCCAUUUUCAAGAUCACUCGUACUCUCGUUGUUCUGUCCGUCUGUACUCUCGCUCAAACGUGCAGACUCCUCAGUCAUAUUUGUGAGACAACUAAUUGAGUCAUUUGAUCCGAGAACUCAGAUUCUAUUGAAAUGUAUAUGCAGACAUACUGAUGUUAUUAGGUGUUUUGUACUGUGCACAAAGAUCGUGUUUUUAAUUAGUGUCUUGAAUGUACAUGUAUACGCAUAGAAUUCCCCUAUAAUCAAAGAAUCUGUUUACGAUAGUAAAAACACAGCAAUAUUGACUCAAUUAUACUGACAUCGCAAACAAAAUAAUUAUAUGUAUAUUUAUGCUUCAUUUUACAUUAAAAGAAAAUGAAAGGGGGCGACCUAAGAUGGACCCAAAACGGGGAAUGGGGUUUUAAAAAUGCUGACCAAAGGUAGGAGGGUGGGGGUUGCAACGCGCGUAAUUUCCUUUAAAUUAUAUAGUAAAUUGAUCGAAUUUUUUUUCAACUAGGUAAUUUUUCUAAGUUGUCAAUAAACCAAUGUUGUAACAGUACUUUCAGUAAUUGAGAAUUUUUUGUAGUUUUUCUUCCUUGAUUUUGAGACAAAGACUGCAUGCAUUAAGCCACGGGCGAACAAAUUUCUUGGUAAUACACUCGACCCGACGUGUUAAAAUUUCCGCUAAAUAAAAUCUACAGCCCUAAGAACAUAAUCGUGUAAUUUUUGUAAAUCUUCUAAAGAACAACAGGGCAUUGAUUAGUCAUGCAUCUUCUAGUAUUGCAAACUUAAGUUUGUUCAAAUCAUGGCUGGGUCACGAUAUAGGGAUAGGGGUAAAAGUUUUACAUGGGAAUAUAUAACAAGAGGCCCAUGGGCCUAGAAUCGCUCUUCUGAUACAUUGUAGAACAGGCAAAAAUUCUCACUAACCAAGAUUCAUCAAUUAACAAAGUUUGAUGAUGUUAAGUCAAAUAGUACCUGAAAAUUUAAAUGUAACUGUCCAAAAGUAGGUCACAGUGACCUACUUUUUGUCGACUCACUGAAGACUCAAAAUGCAUCAACUGACAAGUCAAAUAGUAUUCAAAUAUAUCGGACAAAUUCCAAAAGAAGGCCACAGUGACCUACUUUUUGGUCGACACACUCCAAAGACUCAAGACCCAUCAGCUGACAAAGUUUGAUGAUUGGAAGUCAAAUAGUAUCUGGAAUAUUCAAAUAUAGCCGUCAAAAUCCAAAAUAGGUCACGGUGACCUACAUUUUAGUGAACACACUCCGAAGUGACUAAAUGCAUGUCACACGAAAUUGAACAUCAAUUUCAUUAGUACUGUCAUAUAAGGAAGUACAUUGGCAAAUGUAAAUAUAGUACAUUGAUUUAACCAUAAGUUCAUCAAUCCAACAUUUGACAAAAUACCUUUAACAUUUACUACCCAAUUUUUACAGUUCUGUUUACUACUCAUUUCAUCAUACAUAUAGUAUGACUUGGCAAAGGCACCGUCCCUUGGUACCCCCUGUAUUCGUGACAACAUUUUAUAAUAUUGUUUCAUUUUCCUACCCAUGUAACAUCCUUGUUGUACAUCGCAUUUUCAAUCUACUAUAAGCCAACUCAAGACCAAUAUCAAUAUAGAAAUGGUAUACAUCUGUUUAUCGUGUUGUGUAGUUCUAUUUAAUUGUAUACAAUACUCAUGUAAGCUGUCUUGAAUAUAUAACAUCUGUAUAUGGUAUGCAUGUGUACAUAUUGUGGUAUCAUGUAUUUAUUUUUGUGUAUACUAUAAAUAAGCUGUCUUAAACACUUAGGGUACAAGACUGCCAGUCUGAUGGACUUGGCUCAGGCACCGUCCCUUGGUACCCUCUGUGCUUGUGACAACAUUUUAUUAUAUUGUUUUACUUUACUUCCCAUAUAGCACACUUAUUGUACAGUACAUUUCCCAUCAGUAUUGUGAUGAGAAUUCAAUACCUAUGUCAAUGUAGAAACCCUUAACGUGUAUAUGGUGCACAUGUGUAAAUUGUAUCAUGUAGUUACAAUGUUUAAUUGUUAAUCUGUAUAUGCCCCCUGAGGGCCCUUGAUUGGUGAAUAAAUAAAUAUUAUUAUAUAGUCAUAACAUGAUUUUAAGAUACAA